AUGGUGGUUGCUUUCAUUUUGUUUUAUGGUAAAAGACGAAACAAAUAUUGUGUUGGUAGUACAGCAGCAGCAUUACCACCUGGCCCAAUUCCAUGGCCUAUCGUCGGCUGCCUCCCAACGUUAUGGCGGAAGAAGCCGAGAUACCGAUGGGUACAUAAGAUAAUGGAAGAGCUCAACACCGAAAUUGCAUGCAUUCGAAUCGGAAAAAUCCACGUGAUUCCCGUGACAUCUCCAGAACUCGCUAUGGAGUUCCUAAAGACACACGACUCUGUCUUCGCGUCGCGGCCGAUCACCGUCACCACCGACAUGUUCAGCGACGGUUUCCUCACAGCAGGUGUAGCGCCGUGGGGAAACCAAUGGAAGAAGAUGAGAAGAAUACUCACGUCGGAAAUACUGAGUCCCGCGCGACACCGUUGGAUGUUGUCGAAAAGAACGGAAGAAGCCGACAAUCUCCUUCGUUAUGUAUUUAGUCUAACGAAAACAACACCGACGUCGGUAAGUGUGAGAAGCAUAACGCAACAUUAUUCGGGGAAUGUGAUGAGGAGAAUGAUGUUCAAUAGAAGAUAUUUCGGGAAAGGGAGGGCAGACGGGGGGCCAGCGACGGAGGAAGAAGAACACAUUGGAGCAUUGUUUACGAUGCUUCAACAUGUUUAUGCAUUUUGUGUUUCAGAUUACAUGAGUUGUUUGAAGGCAUUUGAUUUGGAUGGGCAUGAGAGGAUUGUGAAGAAGGCUUUGAAUGUUAUUAGAAAAUAUGAAGAGCCAAUUAUUGAUGAGAGAGUUCAACAAUGGAGAGAUGGGAAGAGGAUUGAAGCUGAGGAUAUGUUGGAUAUUUUCAUUUCACUCAAAGAUGAAAGUGGGGAGCCAUUGUUGUCUGUUAAAGAGAUUAAAGCACAAAUUACUGAACUACUUCUUGCGACAGUAGACAAUCCAUCAAACGCCGUGGAAUGGGCCAUGGCGGAGAUGCUAAACCAACCCCAACACCUCCAACAAGCCACCGGAGAGCUCGAUAGAGUAGUAGGAAAAGAGAGACUUGUUCAAGAAUCCGAUAUCCCAAACCUCAAAUUCCUCACUGCCUGCGCCAGAGAAGCUCUUCGCCUCCACCCCAUUGCUCCUUUCAACCUCCCUCACAUCGCCACCACUGACGUCGUCGUCGCCGGCUACCUCAUUCCCGCCGGCAGUCACGUUCUCCUAAGCCGCCUCGGCCUCGGAAGGAACCAUAGAAUUUGGCCUGACCCUAUGAGAUUUGACCCGAACCGCCAUCUUCAAGAUCCGGGCGCUGAUUUGGGCCUGGCUGAGCCCGAUUUGAGGUUUAUUACAUUUACUAGAGGACGAAGAGGGUGUAUGGGCGGCACUCUUGGGACGGCCAUUACGAUGAUGCUUUUGGCUCGCCUCGUGCAGGGAUUUACUUGGCAGUUGCCGCCUGGUGUGGCAGCGAUUGAGUUGUCGGAGUCCGAUCAGCUGUUUCUUAAGGAUCCUCUGUUUGCAUUAGCUCAGCCGAGGCUGCCGGAGUCUCUCUACCCUAAUUUUGAAAUAGAGAAAAAGGAUUUUUGA